AUGGAUGUCCAGGAGUGGCACAUAGCUAACCCCAAAUGUCGUGAUCCUGUGGUGCAAGGUUUCACCCUGGUUGGAGCCUAUUAUGAUGGGUUAUACAACAGUCCUAUUAAAACCAAAUCUCUGACAAGUUGUGCUGUCGCCACGCUGGCUAACCUGACGUCACAGUAUCUCACCGGAGUAAGGAAAAUCGACCAGGACAGUCUUGUGGCAUUUGGGCUGUUUGGACUCCUGUUCGGUGGUAGUAUUCCACACUAUUUCUACCUGCUGCUGGACCACGUGGUGCCACACUCCUCCUCUCGUCACUUACUGAAGCAGCUGCUCAUAGAGAGGCUCAUAUUCACGCCACUCUACCAGAUGUUCGCGCUCUACUACAUGCUGGCCAGGCUGGAGAGCAAGACUCACAACCAAGCUAUGAGUCAGCUAAUUGUGAUCUACUGGCCACUACUUAAAGCCAAUUGGUUAUUUGUCACAAUCCUGCAGGCUCUUAACCUGAAAUUUGUGCCUCCUUUGUUGAGGGUGCUAGCGAACAACCUAAUAGGGUACGUCUGGACGGUGUUCCUCGCUCACAUGAAGCGGAAAGUUGACUCUCGCAGAAGUAAACAUGACUGAUGGUCUCAGACUACAGGACUAUAAUCACUCAGCUGUG